CAAAAGAAUCAAAACUAAAAGCCCUAAACUUUUUCUUUUUCGGUUUUUCACUUUUUCCUUCAGCAGUUCAACAAAAUCAGCUCCGCCCGAGACCCGGAGCCCGCCGCCCUUCUCUUCUUCUUCCAUUUUCUUCAUCUUCAGCUCCGUGCCGCGCCGCCGCCGCCCCUUCUUCUUCCUCCCUCAGUCCCGCUGGACGCCUGGAGGCUGGACCCGCUCGAGUCGACGCUCUCUCUCGCAGCCUCUCUAGUCUCUGCUCUCCGCUCGGCGCUCGCUGCCGACUGCCAUCGCUCUCCCCGUCUCUCUGCCGCUCUCUCUCUCUCUCUCUUCCACCGAUGUCGGUACUGCCGACUUGAGCUGUAAGGCAAACUACAGGAUACCAUGGGAACUGAAGAGGCAAAAGACCCAUUCAAAGGGGUUGACUGGAAAGCCGUCGGUAAUGACUUGCAGAAGGAUCCUGGUGCUAAACCAGUUAUAAAGAAGCGGCUGCCAAAAAAGAUUAGACAGAUUCCAGAAUGCUAUUUCCUUCCUCGAAGGUCCCUACCAUCUGCCAUUGCCUUCUAUGGAGCAUGUAUUGCGAGUGGAGUUGGUGCUGGUAUGCUGUUGGAGAUCUGGAUAAAUAAGAAAGUUAAAGAGGAUGGAGGCAUCAUAUGGGAGUUCGACAAGUAGAGCCUGGAUAGCAUUCCAAGAGUCCCCUCUAGACCAUCUUUUCUUUUUAAUUUCUCCUCCUUCUGGAGGGUUACUUCAUGAUAUGACGGCUGUAAAGAAAGCUGAGAAUGGUUUUAGUGCUAAAGAGUUGGUCUUAGCAUUUAUAUUGCACACACUUCCUAUCUAUCCUAAGUUUGCCCUUUUAUUCAGCUUGAAGCUUGAUUUAAAUUCGGAAAAUUGAAUUACAGGUUUGCCUUGAUUGUUUUGGGGACUUUAUUUCUUUGUGCAUUCAGUUUAACUAGUUUAUUGGUCACCAACCAAUUCUUCCUCUCUUUCUCUAUAGUGGAAUAUUCUUUGGAUUUAUAAAUAAUUUUUGUGGCAUAAUUAUAUUCCUUAA